UGUUCCAGUGUUUUCUUUUGUUCGUUCUUUCCUGGAAGUGAGACAUCAUGAGAGUGGAAGGUGCGGAAUAAAACUGCAGAGGCACUCAGGAUUCUUACCAAGAAAAAAAAAAAAUCAAGGACUAGCUGUGAUGAUGGAGAAAGCUGCACUGCUGCUUUGCUGCCUGAUCAUGACUUUGUCAGGCUCCCCACUCUACCCAUCCAUUAGGUUCGGCCAGAGGGAUACAUCUAUCCUGAUGACAUCUUCACUAAAGAAUCCAGCAGAGCAGCAGGAGGAAGACGCACGUCCUCCCAGGGAGCCAGCAGAGUUGCGCUUAGGGCGCCACGCUGAUGCCAUCUUUACAAACAGCUACAGGAAAGUACUGGGCCAAAUCUCUGCCAGAAAGUUCCUUCAGACAAUCAUGGGCAAACGGCUGGGGGAUGGAAGUGAGAGCUACAUGAAACGUCAGUCAGAUAUCUAUGAGGGGACAUACAAGGAAGACCUCACAGCCAUCCAGAGAAAUCAGAGAUACAGGGGGGUGCACGGGAAUGUCCUGAGACACAGACUGCUGAGUUGAGGAGGAAAGCUUUAUCAUCACAUUUUUUUUAACCAUCUUUUAUUUGUUUGAGGGUGUCCUUUAAAGAAAAGAAAAGAAAUCAUCUUAUAUAUUCACAUUAAAAGUUGUGAGGAAAUCCUA